UAAACACAAUUAAAGUAAUUUUUUAUGGUUAUUUAAACCGUACGUGAAAUAACACUUGUGUAGAAGAAACUUCCAGCUUGGUGCGUCAUAAAUUAAGAAAGAGUUUAGAUUUUCCAAGAAGAAAAAUGAUGUAUAAAUGCAUAGCGUGUGGUAUGACUUUUCAUAACAAACAUUUAUUUCUUUCUCAUCAAAAAAAUCAUCGAUUGGAAGAACAUCGGUGCAAAAUCUGCCUACAGGAAUUUUUAAGAGAAUCACAUUUAGAAAAACACAUAAAUGACGUCCACCCAAAAACGAAAUCUUAUAUUUGUGAACGAUGCUCUCGAGGUUACAAAACUAAAAAUAUUUUGCUUGCUCAUCUGAAAAUGCAUGCAAAAAAUCCGUAUAAAUGUACAAUUUGUCCUGCAGAUUUUACAACUGAAGAAACACUAUUGCAGCACUACAGGGGACACGAACUUUUAGCACAAUCCACUCAUCUCUUGCAACAACAAUCGACGCAAGCUGGUCCUUCUACUCAAAACGUGCAGGAACUAGAAAUGCAAGCUGUUCUUUCUAGUCAACGCGUGCAGGGACCAUGGAUGCAAGCUAAUUUUUCUAAUCAAAACGUGCAACAACUAUUGAUGCAAGCUGAUCCUUCUAAUCAAAACCUGGAGACAUGGAUGCAAGCUGAUCCUUUUACUCAAAACCUGCAACAACCAUCGAUGCAAGCUGAUCCUUUUACUCAAAACCUGCAACAACCAUCGAUGCAAGCUGAUCCCUCUAGUCAAAACGUGCAACAACCGUGGAUGCAAGCUGAUCCUUUUUCUACAAACGUGCAACAACCAUGGAUUCAAGCUGAUCCUUUCACUCAAAACCUGCAGGAGCCAUUGAUGCAAGCUGAUCCUUCUACUCAAAACGUGCAACAACCACAGAUGCAAGCUGAUCCUUCUACUCAAAACAUGCAGGUACCAUCGAUGCAAGCUGAUCUUUUUAAUCAAAACCUUCUGGAGAUGUGGAUGCAAGAUGAUCCUUUUGCUGAAAUCGUGUAAGCACCAUGGAUGCAAGCUGAUCCUUCUAGUCGAAACGUGCAGGAACAAUGGAUGCAAGCUGAUCCUUCUACUCGUGACUUUUAAGAAUCAUGAAUGCAAUGGAAGCUUUAACUGAAAACGUGCAACAACCAUCGAUGCAAGCCCAACGUCACUCAAUAAUUUGGCUUUGGAUGAACAAUGAACGAUAAAGAUUAACAAUGUGUAAAUAACUCCGAAUAGAAGAAAGAAAACAGUAAAAGAAAAAUGUUAGAAUAAUUGUAACUUCUGCUUUAGUUGUCAAUUGUAACAGAUAAUUUUUUUUAAUUUUGAUGUAAUUAGGAAAUUUUUUCUGUAAUUUUAAUUCCUAUUAUUGUUAAGUUUUGCUGAUAAAUUUCUGAAAUUGCUGUUGAAUCUGAAAUAAA